AUGCCACUGAACAUUAUUGCCUCGCAAUUCUUUCUGCCGCUCAGCAGUGUGAAGCUGGCUCGCUUCAUCACGAGUAUUGAAUCUCCCGUGCAAGGCUAUCACGACCCUAUUUAUGCUAGAACACCAGAGCCCACUAUUUCAUCACGCCAGUCUUACGUCGGACUGAACCACGACAGCAACAACACGAGCUUCGGAUUCGCGCUCACUUCUCUCAUGUCUGCAGCAUUUUCUCGGCGUGUUAAGACCCGGGUGAAAGUCAUGGCAGACUGCGUUAGAACCUAUUCACUCGACAACUCCGACGAAUGGUUCACCGAAGCAGUGGCCAAGUCAGGUACUAAAACCUGGAUUGAGAGAGCGGUGGACAGAGGCUACAAUAUCUACAUGGUCGUAGGAUUCCACACAGUCACGAACGCCCGUAUUGCGCACGAAGUCGUUCAGGACAAGAAUGCUGGCGGCCAAGUCAAGGUCCCGGUUGGCUUCACACUUGCUGCCGUAGGCGCUAUCGCGCCUCUUGGGGACAUCAUUGACCCUUCCGUCGGAGGCAACAAACAGAGCAUUAACAAUUCACAGGCCUCUUUCAUGGCGACGGGAGAACAUAUCUGUGCGCUUCAGUACCGCAAGGUCCGGCAUCGAUGGUUUUCCAGUAAUAAUAUCGAUACAUCACGUCUCUCUAAGUCGCACUGGUGGUCAUCUGUGGAGAGGGGCAGGGACGAGGAAGAUGGCGAAGAUGACAUUAUCAAAGUAGAGGCGAUACCAGUGGCAGAGGAGGAACUUCGCGGAGAGUGGGACAAGAUGGAAGCUCCGGAGGGGGAGAUUCUGUUGAUCCAGAAGGAAGAACAAGUUGGAAAACAGGUUACGGACUAG